AUGCAAUCUUUUAUUGACGAAAGACCAUGCCCACCCACAAACUUUCCUAGAAAGCUGUUUUUCAACUACAGAGGAGGAGGGAAAUUAGCGGGUUUAAAACUCACUAGAGUCUGCAUAAGCAUGUUCGGUAAGCAUAGGAAACGAGAAGGAUAUGAAAUGAUUGACGUUGAUAAUGGAGCUGCUUCUUCGUCAAUGGCAGAUUUUCCCCUACGUUUCGACGCGCAGUCUGCUGGUGAAAGAGAACCUCUAGUUCGCAUUGAGGGGGAGACACCCAGGCAAACGUACACUGAUGAUGCUCCAGUCGAACAUGCUUUGGGAAGUGGUGAAGUUUCAUUGCAGAGGCAGACUACUUCUCAUGAAAAUAGAUGGGAACAUAUCGGGAAUCCUGAUCAGUUCUUUACUCGUUUUUACCAAUAUCAUCAAGGUGGUGGCUUUAUGUGCGUGGCUGCCGAUCGCAUUUUUUACCUUUUCCAGUAUUUCUUCGUCAUAUUUUUUGCAACUUUCUUGUUUGAAUGUGUAGACUAUGAUGUUUUAUUUAACAAUAAAAACGUGUCUUCUAAUGGUACUCUUGUAACCGGAAAGCGGCGAUUUGAGGAUAUUGUUAUCGGCGAUUGCGCGAGCCAUUUUCAUACUCCAAUUGUGAUCGCUUUGUUCGUCGCUGCUGUGUUUUGGAUUUUCUUAUGCGUGAGAGCUGGGUACCACCUGGUUCAGUUCUACGAAAUUAGGAGUUUUUAUAGGAAGGCGUUAGGUAUCGACGAUGGCUGCCUUAGCGAUUCGACUUGGUGUGAGAUUUUGGCUCUUCUCUGCAGUAAGCUUCCCCAGCUACAUGUUAUUAUAACCAAAGACAGAUUAAGCGAACUCGACGUUUACCAAAGAAUUCUUAGGUUUAAGAACUACUUUGUUGCUCUUGUCAACGAAAACUUACUCCCUCCAGUGUUACAUGUUCCUUUUGUUGGACCGCAUCCAUAUCUCUCAAACGGGUUAAGAUUGAAUUUAGAUUUCUUGUUUUUUCGUGGGCCGUUGUCUCCCUGGGAAAAACCAUAUACUUUGAAAGAAGAGUACAAAAACUCACAGAACAUCGGCAGGUUAACUGAAGAAAUGCGGAAAUCUAUACUCAUUCUUGGGUGUGUGAACUUACUGUUUAUGCCACUAAUUUUCGCUUACCAGGUGCUUUACAUUUUUUUUUCUUACGUUGAACUAGUGAAACGCGACCCUAGUGCAUUUGGUAAAAGGAGAUAUUCAAAUUACGGACGUAGCAAGCUCAGGCAUUACAAUGAAUUGGACCACGAGCUACAAAUUCGUCUUUCUCGUAGUCAUAAUGAUGCGACGCAAUAUAUGGAUCUGUUUACAUCACCUUUUGUUGAAAUUCUAGCCAAAAAUUUAAAAUUUGUUGCUGGGUCGAUUUUUGCAGUAAUUUUCGCCCUUGCUGCUUGGGAUGAAGAUGUUUUAUCAUUGGAACACUGCCUUACGCUUAUGACGGCGACGUUUUUAACUGUAAUAGUAUGUAAUUCUCUAAUUAGCAGCGAAGAUCAGAUUUAUGUACCUGAACAGCUUAUGAAGCGUGUUAUUGCAAAUAUUUCUUACGCUCCGACAACAUGGGAAGGCAAAGCUCAUACAAAAACCGUUUGGAAGGAGUUUGACUACCUUUUUCCACUGACAGCACAGUUCAUUCUGGAAGAGCUGAUAAGCCCUCUACUCACCCCCUUUAUUCUACUUUUAUGGUUGCGACCACGUGCCGAAGAAUUCGUUAAAUUUUUCAACCAUUUUACCGUUUCAAUCGAAGGGCUUGGCGACGUCUGCUCAUUUGCACAAAUGGACAUCUUUAAGCAUGGAGAUCGAAUUUGGAUGAAAAGUGUGGAGCCUUUAAUAGGAUGUUGCUUGCGUCACAUGUGGGUUAUCGACCUAGAGACUGGAAUUAGUAUCUGA